AUGGUGAUCCUCAGAGCGCUGCGGCAGUCCCCCGCGUAUCUGUAUUUCAAGGCCUAUUGUCUCUGUGCCCUGGUGACGCUGUUCAAAGCGACCCCGGUGUCUUCAACGAUUGUCCGAGUGAGGGCUCAACUUGAUCCCGACAACAAAAAACCAAGAGUUAUUCCUAGAGGAGGCCCCCGGCUGGUUCCUAUUGACAAUCAUGGGAGCUCCUUGGUAUUGCCGAGAACACCAAUUCGUUGCAGCCAAGAUUCUACCUCCGGCCUCAGCACCUCAUCAAAGUCGCGCAGCGCUGGGGAGAGCCAAUCCCGUUUAAGAAACAUCUCCAAGAGAUGGCAUAAAAGAGCCGUGGACCUAGCACAGAUCAACGUCCUCUUACGGCGCGACGACAAGGAUUUCAGGACCUAUCCAGAGCUUGCAUGGGAUGCCACAGUUCGAUGCUCCUCCUCGCUUCAUCCAGAAGAAACGAAGUUCAUCGAUUUGCGCCAACAAAGAAUAUCUUCUUGGGGCCAGAACUCACUGCAUCAAUUUCUUGACUUGCCUCGGGACGAACUGGUCGACCCCCAAGAUGUUCCCCUUGUGGCCCUCGGCGGCUCUGGCGGCGGCUACAGAGCCAUGUUCGGCUUUGCGGCCUUCAUCUCGGCUUGCAAGAAUAGUCAACUUUGGGAUUGUAUCACGUGGACUGCAGGCGUGAGUGGUAGCUGCUGGACACUGGGUGCAUACUAUACGAUUGCUGGUCACGAUGCGUCGAGGCUCACUCGUCAUUACCUGUCAAUGGCCAAAGAGCUCGUGCAUCCCAUGAGCAUAUCCGCACUGGACACAGUUGUUCGGAGCACUAGAGGUGUCUAUUUCCUCAUCGGCCCGCUGGUACGAAAAGCUCAAUCCAGCAUCAUUGGGCUUGGUAUUAUGGACCUUUACGCAACAUUGAUCACCACUUAUCAAUUUAUUUCCCGCGAGCCGGGGGCUCGGCUGAGCAGGGCGACAUUCCAACUAUCCAAGACAUGGACUCGUUCGGGUAUUGACAAGGGGGCUGAACCUAUGCCCAUUUUUACAGCGGUGAGACGAGCACCCAAGGAUUCGUUUGGCGUCAAGGCGAACAGGGACUCGUCCAUAAGCAAAGGACAGCCUCCGACACAAUCCAUGACACAACACCACACAGACUAUUUGAACCUAACCCCUUCUCAACAAACCUUACAAGAACAAAAAUCCAAGAAUGGUCCUUCCAAAGGUUUAUUUCAGUGGUUCGAGAUAUCACCACUGGAGGUAGGCUCUCGCGACCUCCAGCGUUUCGUCCCAACAUGGUCUUGGGGGCGAACAUUUGCGUCUGGCCACUCUGUUGACCGACGACCGGAACAAUCUCUAGCUCUUUUGCUUGGCCAGUGUACCAGUGCUCCAGCGGGUCCCUUGACAGGGUAUAUAUCGGCCCUGCUGGCUUCUUUGCCUAAAGGGACGAUCAUGUCCCGUGCACUUUUUGCAUUCAACAGAUUCAUUACGAUGAAGAAGUGGGAGAGAGUGUGGGCUAAUCCUAUCCGCGCCGGACAUGAUCCCAAUCCAUUUUACGGCACGGGGACGCGGCCCAUACUAGAGAUAGCCCGAGAUGAAGGCUCAAGAUCAAACAUCCCCAGCAUUGGAAAGAGCGAGUUUGACGCGUCUCGAUUAAUUGACAUGGCAACUCGAUCUAAUGGGAGAUCAUUGGAGAGGUUGGCGCUGCGUAUUCUCAGCCAGAGAGAGUGGGACGAGUUGAACAGGCUGCUCGUUGGCAUGCAUAAUUCCGUCCAAAGCUGGCAGAGAACUGCACGAUACCUUUCUAUUGCCUGGGCAGCAAAAUCGGCAGCAUCCGAAGCACUGUAUCCACUUUACUCAGUGUCUUGGAAGCACCUAGCAGUCAAUUUUGCUGGUCUCUCACUAUCGAGCAAUGGUCGCCUUGGGGACGGCGACGCCCCAAGAGGUCUUGUUGACUUCUCUGCCGAGUUCACAGAGACUAAUAGAGAACUAGUCCCUAAACUCAUACUGAAUCUCUCAUGGAGGGGGAGCAAGGUGACAGCCAAUGUCAGAGCAGAGCGAUAUUCGACAUUGCACGAGCCAAAGAAGCUAAAGAAUGAGGACGGAAACACCAACGUCGGAAAUGGCUCGACAAAAUACGAAUGGGAGGCCCAAGGUCGGGUCAGGCUCAUGGAUGGUGGAAUGUCCAACAACCUCCCAAAUCAUAUUCUGGCGCGAGAGGAGCGUUGCGCAGACAUGAUUAUUGCCUUUGAUGCCUCGUCUGAUGUGCACACAGAUGCAGCCAUUCGUCGGAUCCAAAACUUUGCAGAUGACUGCAAUAUUGAGUUGGAAGAUCAGACCUCCUCUUUCGACCCUCCUACACGACGUUACUCUGCUGAUUUCGGCGACAAGUCGGCAUCUGCAGAUAUUGAAUCGAGAUUCCUGGAUCAUUAUGCGAGAGUAUUCGGAGGAACCAGACAAAAUGGACAGCGGAUUUAUCUCGUUUAUUGUCCACUUCUACCGAAUGCUAUUAACCCGAAAUUCAACCCUUCACAAGAAUCUUUUUCCACUUCCUACAACCUCGUUUGGACUCCAGCUCAGGUCAAUGCUGUAUUUGAGACGUCGGAGUCUAAUCUUUCCGACUAUGCGAUGCACACCGUCAAACAAGUGAUGAGAAAGAUUUACUUUGCAAAGAAGUCCGCCCGUAUCAUGACGGAGAUGACUUAGAG